AUGUACGAGGAACUGGGGGAAAAAGGCGGGGAGAAAAAGUUAUUCUGGCUGGCCAAGAUGAGAGAGAGGAAGGCUCGGGAUUUGGACCAAGUGAGAUACAUCAAGGACGGCGAUGGUAGAGUAUUGAUGGAAGAUUCCCAGAUUAAGAAGAGAUGUCAGACUUACUUUCAUAAACUUCUGAAUGAAGAAGGGGAUCGGGAUAUCGUGCUAGGUGAAUUGGAGCAUUUCGAGAGUCACCGUGACUUUGGAUACUGCAGGCGAAUUAAAGUUAAGGAGGUCGUAAGAGCUAUGAGUAAGAUGAGUAGGGGCAGAGCGACAGGGCCUGACGAGAUUCCGAUACAAUGGUUUGAUCAAGAGGUAGAGGUGAUACUUCUAAAGGGAGGGGUGAACCCUCCCGAGGCCGAGGCAAGGGUACUCAACCUCUCACAGUACAGAUGA